CUUGUUUGUAACGGACACUAAUGACAUACAUUGGAUCUGUUUGUAAACGUCUGCAUUCAACGACAGCGUUAUGUGGCAUCAACAAAGCCAGUCUGUGACAUACAAGUAGUGAAUAAUAACGAAACAUUUCGUUACUAAAACGAACAAAUGCGAAAUAAACAUGAAAACACAAUCAAACUACUUUCGAAGAUUUUAUUGCACUGGUUACUUUGAGAUUAGGUACUCAGUAAAAUAUAUAAUGGAGCAUGCUAUAAGUAAAACAAAUUAAGAGUUAUCUAUGUACAAAUAAACUUUUAAAACGUUAGUAAAGCGAAAGUGUUUCAUCAACAGGCAGCAUAAACAGUAAAAUGAGUGAUCAAAAAACAAAUGUGGAAGAAAAACCUUUAAAAGAUAAUAAAAAUGAAUUUCAAACCAAAACGUUGUAUGAAAAAAUUUGUUAUAUCAAAUGUAACGUCACUGUUGAACCAAUAUUCGCUGGACUUGUUAUUGGAUCUAUGCUUUCUAGAAUAGCAAUACAAAAUCUUAAUUUGGAGAAGACGUGCAGAGUGAAACAAGAUUAUGGGGAAGUUAUUUGCGAUGCGCUUAUUGAAAGAAAAGGUAACCAUACAGAAGAAGAAGGAGAAAUACAGAAGAUUAUAUCUGAAAUUGAAACUUGGAGGAGCAUAAUACAGACUGCAGUGCCUACCUUGCUUGUGAUUUUCAUGGGUGCUUGGAGUGAUAGAACAGGGAACAGGAAGAUUUGCAUUCUCUUACCAGUGGCAGGAGAGAUCUUGGUUUGCGCAAGCAAUAUUGUGAGCACUUACUUUUUCUAUGAGAUUCCUGUAGAAGUGACGAUGUUGCUUGAAUCUGUUUUCCCUGCUAUUACUGGUGGGUGGGUCAUGAUGUAUCUUGGAGUCUUCAGCUACAUUAGUGACAUUACGACGGCUGAAUGCAGGACAUUCAGGGUUGGCUUAGCUAAUCUUUGCAUGACGUGUGGUAUUCUCGUUGGAACAUCGUUAAGUGGAUUCCUCUUGAGGUUUGGAGGAUACUAUGGAGUAUUUUUUACAACAGGAAUCAUACAAUUAGCUAUUGCUGCUUAUGGAUGCAUAUACUUGAAGAAAAAUACUAAGCCUGAUCAAGAUUCAAAUGAGAAGGACCCUAUAACAUUCAAAUACCUUAUAACGGUGCAAAAGGAGACAGCUUCAGUAGUAACCAGAAAACGAGAGGGCAAUAUAAGAAUGAAGAUCAUAUUAACGCUCAUAGUUGUAGCUAUGGCUUAUGGCCCGAACCAUGGAGAAUCUAAGGUGUUAUAUUUGUUUCUGCGCUACCGUCUCAAUUGGGAUGCAGUGAAAUACAGCAUUUACUCUACGUGCAACAUCAUCACGCAUUCCUUAGGAGCUUUGUUCUCUAUCAGCGUGUUUAGUAAGCGGUGGGGCUGGGAUGAUUCCGUGCUCUGUCUCAUUUCCAUUGUCAGCAAAAUGGUUGGAUCUAUCUUUAUUGCAUUUGUCGCCACAGAUUUUCAAAUGUUUAUGGUUCCUCUGGUUGAAAUACUAAACGCCACGACGUUUACAUCAUUAAGAUCAAUGGCUUCAAAAUUAGUACCCAGUCAAGAAAUGGGAAAAAUGAAUUCUCUCUUCAGUCUCGUGGAAACGCUGGCGGCGUUAGCGUUCGAUCCCACGUACACGACGCUAUACGGGGCUACUAUGAAGACAUUCACAGGCGCCGUGUUCCUUUACAGCGCAUGCAACACUUUACCAGCUAUAUCAAUACUAAUAUGGUUCUUCAGGCAACAUCGCCAAGAAGUAAAGGAGAAAAAAGCCGAAACAAUAAUCCAUAAACUUGACGUCAUUUGUGCUCCUGCAGCCGAGAAAUCAGUCUGAUAUUAUUAGUUCUCCUACCAGUGAGGUGGAGCCAUGAUGGAAUUAGACUUCCAUACACUCAAUAAUGAAAUAAAAAUGACAAAACACAAAAAUAUUUCGUCGAUAUUAUGAAUUAUUUUCUCGCUCUAUAUCACUUUGCCACGCUGGAAGAUAAUGAACUUAAAUGAUUUAAGCAUUAACUUUGGCAUGUGUAAGAUGUGUUAUAUUUUAUUAAUCCAGUAAAUCUACUCCCAUAAUUGACACUUAUGAACAAAACAGUAACCUUCUUUCAACUCAUGUUUUUUUUUUUUGUCUUUACUCUGGUUCGCCUCAUAUAGUUCAGCAGAUCAAAUAUCUUUUUAGGUAUCCUCACCAUACCACCAUAAUCCUUACUCACAGAUUUGUUUCCAGUCGCUAGAGCAAAAUUCAGCUUUUUGCCAGAUUAUAUGACUGUAUAACAACGUAUUACCAUCUCAUUCUAGACGUAGCUGCUUUACGCUCUUGCAGGUCUGUCAAAAAGACCAUGUACUAAGUAGCUUCAAGGAUCUUCAAUGAAAGCCUAGCGGGUAAUGCAUCUUAUGACAGCGCAAUUCUUACCACGCGUUAGAAAUAAUAUUUUUCUUCUUGCUCCAUGAAUGUUUCAAAAUAAUAUAAAAUAAAAUAAAGGGUACAUGAUA